CUAGCAGACGAGGAAGAAGACUUCUCCUUUGGGCGCCCACCAUUGGCCUUAUGGCUGCCAUGCAGAUGGAUCCUGAGCUUGCCAAGCGCCUCUUCUUUGAAGGGGCCACUGUGGUCAUCCUGAACAUGCCCAAGGGGACAGAGUUUGGCAUUGAUUACAACUCCUGGGAGGUGGGACCCAAGUUCCGGGGUGUGAAGAUGAUCCCGCCUGGCAUCCACUUCUUCCACUAUAGUUCUGUGGACAAGUCCAACCCCAAGGAUGUGGGCCCUCGUAUGGGCUUUUUCCUUAGCCUGAAGCAGCGUGGGCUAACAGUCUUGCGUUGGAAUGCACUUCAGGAAGAGGUGGAUUUGUCUCCAGCCCCAGAGGCUGAGGUAGAGGCCAUGAAGGCCAACCUCCAGGAACUGGAUCAGUUCCUGGGACCUUACCCAUAUGCCACACUCAAGAAGUGGAUUUCACUCACCAACUUCAUCACCGAGGCCAUGAUGGAAAAGCUGCAGCCCGAGAGCCGGCACAUCUGUGCCUUCUCAGAUGUGCUGCCUGUUCUCUCCAUGAAGCAUACGAAGGACCGGGUGAAGCAGAAUCUACCCCAGUGUGGCACUGAGUGCAAAAGCUACCAGGAGGGCCUGGCUCGGCUGCCUGAGAUGAAGCCCAGAGCUGGUACAGAGAUCCGCUUCUCAGAGCUGCCCAAGCAGAUGUUCCCUGAUGGCGCCACACCAGCCGAGAUAACCAGGCACAGCAUGGACCUGAGCUAUGCCUUGGAGACAGUGCUCAGCAAGCAGUUCCCCAGCAGCCCCCAGGAUGUGCUUGGUGAACUCCAAUUUGCUUUCGUAUGCUUCCUGCUGGGGAAUGUGUAUGAGGCAUUUGAGCACUGGAAGCAGCUCCUGAACCUUCUGUGCCGGUCAGAAGAAGCUAUGGCGAAGCACCACACCCUCUACAUCAACCUGAUCUCCAUUCUGUACCACCAGCUUGGCGAGAUCCCCCCCGACUUCUUCGUGGAUAUUGUCUCCCAGCACAACUUCCUCACCAGCACCUUGCAGGUUUUCUUUUCCUCAGCCUGCAGCGUUGCCAUGGAUGCCACCCUGAGGCAGAAAGCGAAAAAGUUCCAGGCUCACCUGACCAAGAAGUUCCGAUGGGACUUUGAUGCGGAGCCUGAGGACUGUGCCCCAGUGGUGGUGGAGCUCCCUGAGGGCAUCGAGACUGGCUAGCUCUGGAAACGGAAACGCUCUCAACUGUGGGAGGCCCGUGCCACCUGGCUGCAGUCCUGACCUCUCCACUCACUUCUUCCAAUCCUAGGACCUUCUAGGACAGCAGAGAUGGAGCCUGAGUUCCCUCCUCCAAUCAUAAAUAUGUUUCUUGAGUGC